CUGAAAUGUCAACCACGUUCCGGUUACAGUCGUUUGAAGCUUCGUAUUUAUAUAACUCAUUCGCUUGAACGGUAACCUGCAACAGUCGCUUGAAGCUUCUUAUUUAUAUAAUUGUAAUAUGCAGCGACCCGUUUCUCAUCAUUUUAUGUAACUUCAAUACCUCCAAGAAACCAAAGCAAGAAGCUCUGUUAUCUCAAAGAUUCUAAGAGCAAAGCAAUCUUCCAAAAUAGCCACAAUCAGGCAACAACUGUGCUUUCUAGCCAUGGCAGACGAAUUCAAUACGACUACCAACUGGUGGGAUUCUUCCAGAACCCGGUUUGAUAACAGCGGAUCUUCUUCUUCGUCUUCAGGUCUCAAUAGCUUGGGGAGCUUCGGAUGGCCAACUGAAAUGGUGGAUAUUAAAGCUAGAACCUCUACAGAUUCUUCUGUUUCUGGUAGUUCCUUGGUCUUUCAAGACACCCAAAAGCUGCAACAACCCCCUCAGGAUUCUACUUCUGCCGCCGCUGGUGGUGUUGCCGACUUGCAUAUGGUGGGUUUAGGCCUCUCUUCGCCUUCCAUGGAGUGGAAUCAAACCUUACUUCGGGGUGAUAAAUCUGAAAACAGUUUUCGAUCCAUACUGCAAGAGAACUUGAAUUCGAGUGCAAAUUAUCAGCAAGAAACCGGGCUGGGAUCGUCUCAAGUUCAUUGGAGAUCGGAGAAAUUGUUUUCCGGGGUGAGUGGAGACUCAUCAGUGAAUGAAUUCAAGCAAAUCAAUAGAGGCUUUUCAUUAGAUCAUCAACCUCAGUUUAGUCCUCACGGCGGCAGCUCCAGUGACAGCACCGUCACAUGUCAAGGUUUGCCGUCAAGUUUCCAAAUCGAUUCAUCUGCUUUGUACGGCAGUCCUUCCACUAUUUUACAAGGAAUAUUAGGAGCGCCAGAGAAUAAUGAUAAUAAUAAUAAUCAGCCACAUCAAUCUUCCAUGAAUUAUCAAUACGGCGGAGCAAGUAGCUACGGCAAUGAGCUAGUUCCUUCAUGGUCCAAAGUUCCUCAAUUCCUAAGAACUUCACCGCCGAAACAGCCGCCGCAACACAGCCACUUACACUUCUCCAAUAACGCUCCAUACUGGAACGCUUCCGCCGCCUCCAUGAACGAUGUUCGAUCUUCAGGCUUUUUCCCAUCGUUGCAAACCCCAUAUGCAACACAAAACUACGAGGAAAAACCAAAGCAUGCUAUAUCUGAAGCUCGGGAGCCAAGUACGGCGGUGAAGAAAAGCAACAGUGGAAGCGAAGCGGCAUCGAAGAGGCCUCGAAACGAAACGGCAUCUGCUAUGCCGGCUUUUAAGGUGAGGAAAGAGAAGAUGGGGGACAGAAUCACUGCACUGCAACAAUUGGUUUCACCUUUCGGAAAGACUGACACAGCCUCAGUGCUAUCUGAAGCCAUUGAAUACAUCAAGUUCCUCCAUGAACAAGUCAGUAUUUUAAGUACUCCAUACAUGAAAAGUGGAGCUCCUAGUAUUCAACACCAACAGAAUUCUGAGAAGUCUAAGGACAGUGAAGGACCAAAACAAGAUCUUCGAAGCCGGGGACUAUGUCUAGUACCAGUUUCAAGUACAUUUCCAGUGGCACAUGAGACCACAGUUGAUUUUUGGACACCCGCAUUUGGAGGAACAUUCAGAUAGAGGAAUAAAAAUUUGUCUUCGCCAGCACGUAAACAUCUUGCCAAAGUUUAACCCUAGCCAAGCCAAGCCUAGAAUGGGGAUUAUUGAUAAGAGAUUUUACAUAUGAUUUUAAUUAUGAAGAAGUUAAUUAGUGAAAGCAAGCAAAGAAGCACAAGAAGCUGAUCUUCUCAAGAGAAUUAAAGUUUCUAGUCGAGGAUGGAAAUGGAUUAAUUGUAGAAAGAAACUGUAAAAGAGAAACCCAAAAAAAAAAAGAUCCCUCAAAGGACUUGUUGGGGCAACUUCAAGGCAAAAUGAUGUAAGUUUGCCCAAUAUUUGGGGCGAUUGGGGGGUAUAUUAAUUGUUGUAAUAAUUGAAGAAUUAUGAUGAAUUUAAGGUUGGUAAUGGGGGCAUGAGAUCAAUCUUUAGGUUCUGAUUUUAGGAAGACAAAGUUGUUCAGUGAAAUCACAUUAAUUUGUAAUGUAGCAGUUGAUGAUCAUUAAGCUUAAUAAAUAAACUAAUUGGUAGAUUAAUUAAA